AUGCUUCUCGGCAAUGGAAGCGAUGAAUUAUGCCCUGGGCAAGUCUACGUACUGUCUAUCUUCAACACAAAUAGUGUCCUGACCGCCAUCAAUGGAGAGGAUCUUAACUUGAGAGAAUUUGACGACAGUCGCAACCAGAAAUGGCGACUGGAUCCACACAUUGAGAAUAGACUUACAUUUGUCAAUGUCGCAACCGGCCAUUGUCUUGGCGCGAAUCCGGCACAUGGCUAUUUAUGUUGCAAAUGGGACAACUUCGAGCCGGCGGAACAAUUUAAGAUGAUUCCGCAGAGAACUGGUGGCUACCGAGUGUAUAAUUAUUGGGGCAACCGGCCUCGACUAGUUACACGACAAGGAAAUGAGGAUUUCCUACGAACCACGACAGUUGGCGAUGCCUUUGUGACCAUUGGUGUUCACGGCGUUGAUGCCCUGAAUAGUGAAAGUGCUAGUCUUCUGUAA